AUGCCUUCACAUUACCCCAACGCCGACGUGAGAUUGUGGAAAUUGCCAACGAACCGGCAGCGCUAUCCCUACUUUAAACCCCAAGCAGACUCCGACGGCGGGCACCGCUCUCGUGCCCACGUCUCAAGACUCUACUACCACCAAGCUGUUUACGCCGCUGUCUAUCUGAGGGAUUUAGCUCCAGAACCGAAUUCUGGUGAGUUGCUUCGUCUCUUCCCUCUCUGCCAAUAUUCGGCCGAAGAUGGGCAUCACACCGACUGGCGCUUGGCUCACCUGGUUGGUAUCAUCUCGCGUGGACCCUGCCUCUCCUUUGUGGAAGUUACUGCGGUCACAGCUAACGGCCGGACCACACCGGAGGAUUUAGGCCUCUGGAAAGACUCACAGAUCGGACCGUUGAAGAAGAUCGUGGACUCUGCGCAUAGCCAGGGCCAGUUGAUUGGAAUCCAACUCUCCCAUGCGGGCCGGAACGCGAGUACUGUUGCCCCGUGGUUGAGCAUGAACCGAGGGCCGGGAGCUUCUGUUAAAUCAGUCGAUGGCAUUGACCACAAUGGCUUUGCACCAGAAAGAACCCUUUUUACUCUUCCCUCCAUCCAAGCUUCUGGACUAACAUCUGCCUUGCUCUUUGAAGAGCGUCAUUGCUGGCCAGACGAUGUAGUUGCCCCGACAUAUGACUCCGAACAUGCCUCUCUUCUCACGCGUGAGUGGCAACGAGUGGCUGGAGCAUCUAACUGGGACGCGGGCCAGACGGUUCGGUUGGCGGAGGUUCUAGUGGGACACGGGAUGGAUGUCCUCGAUGUACCCAGCGGAGGGAAUGAUCCCCAGCAGCAGAUCAAGGGGUGCCAGGCCUACCAGUCCCCCUACGCAUUCCAGGUGAAAGAUGCUCUGGGCGAUCGUCUUCUGGCGGCCUCCGUUGGGGCCAUCACCUCCGGUCCGCAGGCUAAUGACCUCUUGAAUGCGGGCCUCGAUAUGGUCGUCAUCGGGCGCAAUGUUUCAGAAAAUCCAGGUCUGUUGUGGACGUUCGUUGAAAAGCUCGAUGUUCCAUCAGAUUCACUGGAGGUUUGCUGGAUAGCGCCUUCACCAAUGAUUACUGCUGGCGUAGAGUUGAAGGAAUUGCCAAUCACAACAGCUGAGUCUGGUCUUAUAGUAAUCAAAGCGAUCAUGGAUGCGCGCAUCGACAGCUUACAGAACAUGGACUUCCCAAAUGUCAAGCCAAUAACGAUUGAGACGUAG